AUGUCUUCCACAGACGUCUGUGAUCUCCCGAAGGGAUUUUGGGAAAUCGGGAAUUAUCGCCACAAUGUCCGUAGAAUCAAAGACGGAGUCGAUCAGUUGGACGACUUUGCGAAGAUGUGUCGCGAGAGAGCGGAUAUUGAAGGGAAAUAUGCAAAAAUGUUACAGGCAUUCAGUCAAAAAUGGAGAAAUCACUUUGAGCAAACGAUGCCGCCUUCCUCGACGAGAACAUCUCUAAUGGAGGUGAUCGGUGAGAGUGACUCGUUGGCAAAUCUGCACGCAAUGGCUAGAGAUCGUCUCAAUGAUGAGAUCGUGAAAACUCUCAGCUUAUUCCGAAAAGAAAACCACCAUCCAUCCGCCUUUCGAGCACCGAAAGAGAUCCGAGAAGUUGAGGAUGCUUUUGAAAAGGCUCAACGCCAAUGGAGAAAGCUUUACGAGAGGACUGAAGUCGCCAAGAAAGCUUACUACACCGCUUGCCGAUCGGAGCGAAGUGCAGCCGUUUUGUUGGCAAAUGCUCAACAAGACACAUCGAUCUCGUUGGAUGGAACGCAGAAAAUGAGAGAUCGUUGUGAAAAGGCGCACGAAGAAGUGUUGAGAACGAAGCAGAACUAUGAGAAGUUCCUUGGCGAGAUCAACACUUACAAAAGCCCUUAUAUGGAAAACAUGUCGUUUGUCUUUGCGAAAUGUCAACAAAUGGAGCUGAAAAGAUUGAAAUUCUUUGUGGAAAUGAUCACCGGUACAGAGCAUGUUCUCGUCGAUCUCAUCAACAACAAUAAUUUAUGGAAUCGAUGCGCCGACGUGUUGGCCAAAUUUCGAGGAGUACCAUCCAGAAAUGCGAGAGAUUUCUGCGAGAAAGUGCUCAGCAAAGGAUGCUUCUGGUGGAGUGGUCUUGACGAGGCAAGUGAUCAAAGC